CAUGGAUCGACUUUCACAUUGUUUUGAUUCUAAGCACAAAUACUUUUAGUGUUUUUUAGAAGAACAGUCCACUGCCCUAGUCUUUGUCGCCUUCAACCACCUUCGCUUCCUCCUACGUGCCCCAAGGUGCAUACCUACCUACCUCCUCUUUACAUGGAGGAUAUCUAGGCGUGUUCCAGAGGUCAGAUUGCACUAAAGCUAACCUACCUAACAUGCCUAACCAUCCAUAAGUACCUACCUACCUACCUAGGUAGGGUACCUUGGUAUUCUAGGUAGUGCUCCUUGCACCUACUGUUCGAACAACGGGAUCUAUUAUUACUCGGUCUAAUCACAUUCUCGACCCAGCUGGGGUUUAAAUCUUUAAUGAGUCAAUCUAGAUCACCACCGCCGCAAAGUGGCCGUUCUAGUAAUCAUGGAAUUGAAGAGUUAUCCACUUGCACGGAUGGCAAAGAUCAUCAGACACGCAAAGGCCACAGUACCUUCUCUUCACUUAAUCCCCAGGAAUAUGCUGAAAGAGUGCGCGAUCACUCGGAGACUUCUAUCAGCAAUUCGCUGUACUCCGGGCAGCACUUCGAUAACCUCGCUCGAUUCCUAUGGGAGCCUUACGAGUCAACCCAUCACGAAACCUUCACACACAGCUCCAUAGAACGGAAGACCCGUGACUUUGCGUGGCUGUAUGAGCUCCGGCCAGACCUUCCGGCAUCUGCAAGCAUACUCGCUCUUGGUUCUCGAAAUGGCAACCACCAUUCAACUUCGGAAGACAAUUGCCUGCUGAUCUUGAGAGGUUACCCAUCACCGCAAUGGCUCAACGAACUGGGAUCCCAGUACAACAUAGACCCGGAGUUUUAUCAUCGACACCUGUCCUUUCUAGUCCGUGGUGCUGAGAAGCAACAGAACAUGUCGUUCGUGUUGCCUUCCUCUCAGCGGACGAUUUUCCAAAUGCCCUUGAUAUCGGUUGGAACUCAGGCCAACGCCGACCACUCCAAUAUGCCCACAACACGCGCCAACGCUUCCGCCAAGAUGGACACAUAUCUGCAUAAUUUGCGAAUUGGACAUGGUUGGGAAUGUGGGAACUCGGUUGUGCGAGGAUUUACCGUUCACGACGAGCAGCUUUUUAGUGUCGAGCAAAAGGUUACAGUUUACGUAUCACGAAUCAAUAAGGCUUCCGAGAGAUGGAUCGCCGUUAUAUGGUUCGAUUGUGGAAGUGAUUUGAGCCAGAGCCCCGAAGGUCCAUGGUUUGAGUCGUCACGCUCUGGAUUCCACACUUAUUUUCACCCCACGAUUCUCUUUAAACCAAACAUACCAUUCAAGGACCAUCAAAUUCCUAGCCAACGCAUUGCCACCGCCCCGUCAAGAUCGAUUGCAAGAGAUUCGGUGCACCAAAGUGCCAACCUGCUGUCGACAUGUUACGGGAGAUCACUACAUCCUGCUACAAUAAGUCGGAACCCAGUCUACGCGCUGACCGAACUCUUCUCAUUUGUGUCCACGUCCGAGAUUACACUCCUGAAUGUCAUCUCUGCAAGACUCGACGACACGGAUACGGACUUGCUCGAUAUGGACCCAAUGGCAAUUUCCCGCGCUCAAACCAAACUGCUGCACUACCGCAGAGUUCUAGAAGCGCAAUCGCAUAAAAUGUCCGAAGUUCUGGCUUUCAUCAAAAACCGGGACCAGCUGGAAUGGCCACAAAGCCAAACGACCAAGGCUUUGAAUGCGUUAGCGCGCACCGAACAGGAUUUUGAGUACCUGGUUGCCCGGAACGUCUUGUUGCAGAAGCGAUGCGAGGGAGCCUUGACAACAAUCAUGAAUAAUGCGAACAUUUUAGAAGCCAGAAGUGGAAUCGCCCUAUCUGGUAGGGUCUUCAAACUAACCCUUCUGGCGUCUACAUAUGUUCCAUUGUCAUUUUCAACUUCCAUUUUCGGCAUGAACUUCUUGCAAUUUGAAGAAGAAAAGAAGGGUUAUUGGGUCUGGACACUGGUUGCUGUGCCUAUGUUGCUCCUUUCCAUUCUUAUUCUCCUUUGGGAUAGUGGCAAGAUAAGGCGAGGACUUGACAAGAUUCGCCCCAUGGCCUUAGAACGCUAGAUAAUGUGGCUGAGAUGCUCAGAGGUCGAACGCCAGAGUUGUGGCUCAAAGCUAGGGUAGGUAUGGUGCCUACCUACUAUAUAAACUUUGUUAAUUGAGUGAGUGGGUGGCUGGCAUAAGUCAAGAAGUCGAGCUAACAAGCACCACCCGAAAAAGAAACAGCCAAAAGAAUUUAACCUGGGCUCUGUUAAUUAAUAUAGAGCGCUUAGAAAGUCAAAAGAAAAGAUUGUACUAAAUCC